GAAAGGGUGGCUUGGUCAGCAGCCUGGGUGAGGGAUUCUCCUGCAGGGACAACAAGCAGGUUGUGUCAUAUCGGCGACCGAAUAAAUAACGGCUGUCCGUUGUGAUCGCCAUUGCCUUUUUCAACUCCUUCUCUCCCCUUUCCAUCCAUCCGACCCACCAGGAAGAGGAACAGGAAAUCCCAUCUCCUCCUCCGAUUUAUCUUGUUCUCAAGCAACCUUCAUGCACCCCUGCUUGUAAACACCGCCAUCCUCCUUCCCUUCCUUCUUCUUAAUACACACACGUUUUAAAUCACCCGCAACCAUGCCUUUCCCCCUGACUUCCCUUGCCCGUGCCGCCACCGGACCCAUGGCACGUCAGUCGACUUUGCUGAUGCGCUCCUCCCUAGCUCGUACCACCGCACCUGUUGCUACAUUCAUGUCGAUCCGCAAGGCUUCGUCCAGCGCCGCCACUAAGGACGACCUUCCUGCUGCCAAGGACGCCUUCUUGCAGGGCAACUCGGCCAGCUACCUUGAAGAGAUGUAUUCUGCCUGGCUCAAGGACCCCACCUCCGUCCAUCUCUCGUGGCAGAUUUACUUCAGGAAUCAAUCUCAGGGCAUGUCCGCCUCCCAGUCCUUCCAGGCUGCACCUACCAUCCCUACCAGCGGUGGCAUCCCCUCAUUGGUCCCUGGCUCCCAGGCUGGAUCGUCCGAUGUCAUUGAUCAUCUCAAGAUCCAGCUUUUGGUCCGUGCAUACCAGGUUCGUGGCCACCACGUUGCCCGUCUCGACCCCCUUGGUCUCAAUCAGGCUGAUCUGGCUACUGUCUCUCCCCGCGAGCUCGACAUUUCCCACUACGGCUUCUCAGAGAAGGAUCUCGACCGCACCUUUUCCCUCGGACCCGGUAUUCUACCCGGUUUCCUUGACACUGGCAGCAAACAGACCCUUCGCGAGAUCAUUGAUCACCUAAAGACCAUUUACUGCGGCUCCAUUGGUGUGGAGUACAUUCACAUUCCUGACCGCGAUCGUUGCGACUGGAUCCGACAGCGCGUUGAGGUCCCUCGUCCUUACAAGUAUUCGACCGAGGAAAAGGCCAUGAUCCUCGACCGCAUGAUCUGGUCCGACUCAUUCGAGCGGUUCGUCGCCUCCAAGUACCCCAGUGAAAAACGUUUCGGCCUUGAGGGAGGCGAGAGUUUGAUUCCCGGAAUGAAGGCCUUGAUCGACCGCUCGGUUGAGCACGGUGUCGAGUCCAUUGUUAUGGGUAUGCCCCAUCGUGGUCGUCUCAACGUCUUGUCGAACGUCGUUCGCAAGCCCCACGAGUCUAUUUUCUCCGAAUUCAGCGGUAACUCUGCCCAGGAUGGCUUCUCUGGAGAUGUCAAGUACCAUUUGGGAAUGAACUAUGAGCGCCCUACUCCCUCCGGUAAGCCCGUCCACCUUUCCUUGGUCGCCAACCCAUCCCAUUUGGAGGCCGCUGACGGUGUCGUCCUCGGAAAGACCCACGCCAUUCAGCACUACAUGGAUGACAAGGAGAGAACUCGCUCACUCGCUGUCCUCAUGCACGGUGAUGCCGCCUUUGCCGGACAGGGCGUCGUCUACGAGACUCUUGGAUUCAUGGAUCUGCCCGCAUACUCAACUGGUGGUACUGUUCAUAUCGUCGUCAACAACCAGAUUGGUUUCACGACCGACCCCCGCUUUGCCCGCUCGACGGCUUACUGUACCGACAUUGCCAAGUCCAUCAACGCCCCUAUCUUCCACGUUAAUGCUGAUGAUGUCGAGGCUGUCAACUAUGUCCACCAGUUGGCUGCUGACUGGCGCAAGGAGUUCCACACCGACGUUGUGAUCGAUCUUGUUUGCUACAGACGUCAUGGACACAACGAGACUGAUCAGCCCAGCUUCACUCAGCCCAUCAUGUACAAGGCCAUUGAGCACCAGACUCCUGCCUUGCAAAAAUACAUCGACCAGCUCGUCAAGGAGGGCAGCUUCAAGACUGAGGAGAUCGAGGAGAUGAAGAAGCGUGUCUGGAACAUUCUUGAGGAGAACUAUGCUAAGAGCAAGGACUACAAGGCCAAGCCCAAGGAGUGGAUGACCAGCUCGUGGCACGGAUUCAAGUCGCCUGCUGAGUUGGCCACUGAGAUCCUCCCCACCUUCCCCACCGGUGCUCCUAUUGAGACCCUGAAGCACAUUGGAAACACCAUCAGCUCUACUCCCCCCGGCUUCAAGAUCCACUCCAACUUGGCUCGUAUCAUGAAGACCCGUUCCAAGACCAUUGAGACCGGAUCUAACAUUGACUGGGCCACCGCUGAGGGCCUAGCUUUUGGUACCUUGCUCUCUGAAGGUAAACACAUCCGUUUGGCCGGUCAGGAUGUUGAGCGUGGUACCUUCUCGCACCGCCACGCUGUGCUCCACGACCAGGAGACCGACAAGCUCUAUGUUCCUUUGAAGAACUUGGGACAUGGACAGGCUGCGUUUUCUGUCAGCAACUCUUCGCUCUCAGAGUUUGGUGCCCUUGGAUUCGAGCUCGGCUACUCGCUUGUCAACCCCAACUCGCUCAUUCUUUGGGAGGCCCAAUUUGGAGAUUUCGCCAACAAUGCCCAGUGCAUCAUUGAUCAGUUUAUUGCUUCGGGAGAAACCAAGUGGCUUCAGCGCACUGGCUUGACCAUGUUGUUGCCCCAUGGUUACGACGGACAGGGUCCUGAGCACUCGAGCGCCCGUAUUGAGCGUUACCUCCAGAUGUGUGACGAUCACCCCAAUUACUUCCCCUCGGAGGAGAAGCUCUCUCGCCAGCACCAGGACUGCAACAUGCAGGUUGUGUACUGCUCGACCCCUGCCAACUACUUCCACGUCCUUCGUCGCCAAAUCCACCGCGACUACCGCAAGCCCUUGAUCGCGUUCAACUCUAAGCUGUUGUUGCGCCACCCCAUGGCUCGCUCGACUUUGGAGGAGAUGUCUGGCAACACCACCUUCAGGCGCUUCAUUCCUGAGGUCGAGGAAGACAAGCUAGUCAGCGCUGACAAGAUUAAGAAGCAUAUCCUCUGCUCUGGUCAGGUCUACUAUGCAUUGGUCAAAGCCCGCGAGCAGAACAAGAUCGAUGAUGUUGCGAUCUCGCGUGUGGAGCAGUUGAAUCCCUUCCCCUAUGACAGAGUCAAGGAAUAUGCCGACCGGUAUCCCAACGCCGAGACUGUCUGGUGCCAAGAGGAGCCCUUGAAUAUGGGUGCCUGGGGCCAUGUUGCUCCUCGUAUCCGCACUUCCCUCCGCGAGACUGCCAACCACACCGACAAGGAGGUUCGGUAUGCUGGUCGUGAACCCUCCGCUUCGGUCGCCACCGGUAACAAGAAGGUCCACUUGGCCGAGGAGUACGCUUUCUUGGCCGAGGCUCUCACUGGCGAGGCCAGGAAGCCCUCAGAUGUCGUUGGUGGCGUCCCAGUCUUUUAAAGAACUUGGCAUUUUAGAUUUUCUUUCGCAUUUUCCUUCCCUCCUAGUACUAUCUCCUUUUUGUUUAUUUUAGAAAGCAUGGGACUGGCUUCACUUCUCUUCCUCUUUCAGUCUCCAUUUGAGUCUUUAAGCUAAUCUAAACGUUAUGAUUUUAAACAGUGGAUGUCAUGCUCUUUAUUCAGUCUUUUUUUUGGUUAAAAUAUAAAACGUUACUGGCGACACGUAACGCAUCGUUGAGUCCAGCGAUAUCGGCGCUCUCAGCAAUAUCAUGUAACCGUGCGAAGAGGGGCAUUGAAAUUAUCUGGAAUUGUGUCCUUGGCUCCAGUAUUAUGGAAAGAGCAACUUUGAUCUAAAAAUAUUAGCAUGUUGGAUAAAGAAUAUCAUAUCAGUAUACAUGUGUCUGGUCAAGGAUUCAAAGGAACGCGAAGGAUCAAGCGCGUGCUUACUAUAGCGCGCCAGGAAGUCGCGU